UUCGCUAUCUGAACCAAUUGCCAUCAACACUGUCCAACAUUUCAGGUAAAAAAAUGGACAAAGUCUUAACCGAUUUCCCAUAUAAGUACCCAAACUCUACUCCAUUUGGAAAAAACCACUCUUCACAUAACACAACUUCCCUCUGUGUCUGAAGGAGUGUUCCAGUGAUUCAGCAAUGGCUACAAACCUAACCAUCAUUCUCUUCUGCCUGCUUCAUAUGCUUCUUCUUUUCAAGGAGACUCGUGCUAAGAUUCUUGUUGCUACCACUGAGUCUCCAACUCCGGCACCAGCACCCGCACCAGCACCAGCACCUCAGUCAAAUAAGCAUGGCACCACCGAAGGCAGUCUUCAACCACAAGAUUGUGGUCCUCGUUGUGCGGAUAGAUGUUCGAACACACAGUACAAGAAGCCAUGUCUGUUCUUCUGCCAGAAGUGUUGUGCGAAAUGCCUGUGUGUGCCCCCUGGAACCUACGGCAACAAGGAGGUAUGCCCCUGUUACAACAAUUGGAAGACCAAAAGGGGAGGACCCAAAUGCCCUUAAAUCUUCAAUCUUCAAUCUUCAAUCUUCACUCUAGUUUUAUUCAUUGCUGUUACUUCAAUAUCUCUUCUAUUAUAUCAUCACGGAAUUUGGAUUUCCUUGCUUUAA